GAUAUAGCAAUUCCUUCCUUCUACAAAACCUACCAAGAGAAACACCAUCCCCAAGUCCUUCCUCGAUCAUCAUGUCGGACAAGUGCGCAGACUGCAACUGCAAUGACCCCAGCAAGUGCGACAAGCCGAAGGGGAGCAGCUACACCGUUGACAUCGUCGAGACUGUCAAGAGCUACACCGCCACCUUUGUGAUGGAGGAUUCGUUCGGUGAGAACGAUGGCAACUGCAAGUGUGGCACCAACUGCCCCUGCACAAACUGCACUUGUGGUGCUUAAGCACGUGCAUGUGCUGAGCCAUGGCACUUCUAAUUGCGUUAAAUAAUCUGUGUUACUCCUAAUAUGUAGUUUGUGAGUUUGUGAGUGAGGAGUGAAUUAUCAGUAAAGUAUGUCUGUGAUUCCUAAGUACUGCUAGGUAUGUAAUUGCCAUGGCUAUGGUUUGUUUGCUUAAAUUAAUGGAAUGUUACUAGUGUGUUUAAUAUAUACACAAGGAUCAC